UGACAAUUCUUUACCCAUAAGUGUGACUCCAGCUUCUAGUUCGGCUCCCACUCCUUGUGUUCCUUGUGUUGACUCAAGUCCCAUUAUCAUACCACCCAUCACACUCUCUCAGCCUUCUUCGCCUGAACUACCCUUGGACGUCCCUCCACCUACCUCUUCUUCCGCUAGAAGAUUGCUCACCUCUCCAACCUCUCCGCUUGAACCCUUUGACAGAGAGUUUUCAGAUAUAAUGGAGAUCGAUAAGGCAAUCAGAGAAAGCGAUGAUCGAAGGCUGAAGACAAAGUACAACAAUGCCAUCUAUGUCAUCCAAAGGGCUCUAGCUCUCUACUCUUUCAUAAGCCUGGAAGAUGUGGAACUGCAUGACACCAGAGCUCGCAGUUUCAUUUUUGUGCCAUGGCUCCCACUGAUUUGUGGCAUGUUGCUGGAGUUCUUGACACCAGAAGAUGUGAUCUAUAUUUGUGGAAUAUUGGUAAUACUUAUUGAAGAGGUCGCCUUUAGUUUCAAUGGAGGAAAGGACUCAACUGUUUUAUUACACCUGCUUAGGGCAGGCUAUUUUUUGCAUAAAGCGGAACAAAGUCAUUGCAAUGGGGAUCUGAGUGAUUGUGGAUUCAAAUUUCCUAUCCGGACAAUUUAUUUUGAGAGCUCUUCUGCCUUCUCUGAAAUCAACUCAUUCACUUAUGAAACUGCCUCUACUUACAAUUUGCAAAUGGAUAUUAUUCGCCUGGAUUUCAAGUCUGGUUUGGAGGCUCUUUUAAAGGCUGAACCAAUCAGAGCCAUUUUUCUUGGUGUCCGAAUUGGUGAUCCUACUGCUGUAGGUCAAGAACAAUUCUCCCCUAGCUCGUCUGGAUGGCCUCCUUUCAUGAGAGUGAAUCCAAUCUUAGAUUGGUCAUACAGUUAUACCUCUAUUGGGAGCGUACAUGACACAAUUCCAAACACAUUAUUGUGCAUCAACAAUUCCACCAAUAACAGAGAACAAUUUAGACCUGCAUACCUGCUUCAUGACGGAAGAUUAGAAAGAGCAGGAAGGGUGAAAAAGCUUGCUCCUCCAGUUUGUGGGCUAUUUCCUGCCGUUAGCAACGGUCUGAAAAGUGUGGAUCCGCAACGAAACAUGAUGUGCACAGCCUCGGUCAUUGCUGUGGGUGAUGAGAUUCUGUUUGGCACUGUUGAGGACCAGUUGGGACCUUCCUUGUGUAGAAAGCUCCAUUCUAUAGGUUGGGCGGUAUCACAAACUACUGCUGUCCGAAAUGAUGUAGAUUCUUUAGCGGAAGAAGUAGAAAGACAGAAGUCCGUAAAUGACAUGGUAUUCAUAUAUGGAGGGGUUGGUCCAUUGCCUUCAGAUGUUACUGUCGCAGGGAUUGCGAAAGCAUUUGGUGUUCGUUUGGCUCCUGAUGAAGAAUUUGAGGAAUGUCUUAGACAUUUGAUGGGUGAAAAGUGCACCGGGGAUCGGAUCGAGAUGGCUCAAUUGCCCGAGAGUAUCACAGAAUUACUGCAUCACGAAAAGCUGCCUGUGCCUCUGAUCAAGUGUCUAAAUGUAGUCAUUCUCACUGCAACAAAUAUUAGUGAGCUGAACCACCAGUGGGGUUGUCUAAUUGAGUUAACGACGACUAGUGGCCUGCUAGCGGCAAUGGAACCAUUCGUAUCAAAGCACUUCGAGACAACACUUUCAGAU